AUGGCGGACGACGCGAUGGAUCACGACGAUGACGUCGAACGCGAUGAAGACUCCGAGGACGCGAGCGCGAGCGAGUCGGAGUCCCAGAGCGACGAGUCUGAUUCGCAAGAAGAAUUCGACAUGCCGACGGAUGAACAGCUCGACGCGCUCAUGACGCUCGAGAGCGCGUUAGAAGAGAGUAAAUACCGCGAUCGUAAGAAGUGCGCGGCGUUGAUCGACGCGUGCGCGAGCGCGAGGCUCAAGGAGCGGUUGAGAACGGCGCGCGAGCGAAGCGCGGCGGAGGGCGCGUUGGAUGUCGAACGGUGGAGUGCGUGGAUUCAAGACGAGCUGAGCGAUCGGAACUCGGCGAAGCGGGAACGAUUGAUGAAGUGCGAUAAAUUGUUUCAGCGUGCGAUCGAAGACUGCGGCGCAUGGUCGGCCAAGUUGUACUUGGGAUGGGCUCGCGUGAUGAUGGAACUGGAGAAGUCGGCGGACGAACGAAGAGUGAUGUUCGAGCGCGCGGUGACGUCCGCGGGAUUGAGCUGUGUGGACGGGCAGUUAAUUUGGCAGGCGUAUCGUGCGUUCGAGGCGGCACAAGAGGGAUCGAUGGCGAUGAAGCGCGUGACGGUCCUUUAUGAACGACAGCUGAAGGUUCCGCACGUGCAAAUUGACGCAACGCUGGCCGACGCAAAGAAAUGGGCGAGCGAAAACGGCGUGGACGCGGUGGAGACAUUCGAAAAGGCAUAUGCGGCCGGUAUGAAGGAGAUGUCGAUUCGCGAACCCUUCGAGGCACGCGUCGCGCUCGGACCGGAGGCAUCUAGAACUAGCUCCGUGGAGAUUCUGCGAGCGUUCAGGGGUUACAUCGAUUUCGAGAUCUCGAGUGGAGACUCCGACAGAGUCAAGCACAUGUACGAGCGAGCGCUAGGACACUUUUCGUACGUCGGUGAGCUCUGGGUCCAAUACGGCGCGUAUUGCUUUUCAUCUGCUAGAAAAAGCCACGUCGCGCCGUGUGACUUCCUUCGUCGGGCGCUGCGGCACUGUCCGUCUUCGCUCGCUUUGUGGAAGUUCAUCAUCGAAGUCGUGCCCGACGACGAAAUUUUGCGUUUUCAGGUGCUGUACGAGACGCACUUCAAAUAUCCCACUGAUCUGGCGGAGAUACUCACGGUGCUCAUUGAAAUGGGGCGAUGUGGUGUCGUCGAAGUGAAACGGACGUUUGAUCGCAUGAUCGCGGCUUACUCCGCAAACAACAUGGCGACGGCCGCCAUCGGUGUCCUGGAUCAUUUGACACGACGAGCGUUGUUAGUAAGAGUUCGAGGGGAGAAUUCAAGCCUUACUGAUGGCGUAUUGGACUUUCUGGACUCCAUCAAGGAGGAGGAGCCGUUCAAGAGUACGGUAGAGUUUCACAUUCUUUUUGCCGAAUACCUUUCGCACUUGCGGCAGGACAAUCGAGCGCUCGAGGUGUGCGAUUUAGCGCUACACCGUGGCAUCGUCGAGCCCAUGACCAUGUCGAAGAAGACGAUCGAAGAAAAGAAGCGGCGCAGAGCAGGAGCGGCGAUGUUGUCGUCCGCGCGACUUCGUUGCAUGUCGAUGGCGGUCACAAUACCUGUCGAGAGGCAGCGACAUCACUUCUUCACAGGGGAGGUGAUGAUGUAUGGUAAAGCUAUGCACGAGUACGAGAUGGAUCUCGCCACCGAACGAUUAGAGGCUUCGAACGCAGCAAAAGUACGAAAGAAUGGACUAGGGAGUAGACGCGAACGCGCAGCGGCUCGACGUGAAGAGCGUUCGACCGCGGAGACAGCGCCCCGGAAACGAUCCCGAGACGUCCCCGAGGGCGUGGAGAAAGUGGACAUGGACCUCAAAGGCAUGGACCACGACUCACGAGUCAAGGCACUGUUCCCCAAGCGAGAUGCCUGCACGGCGUUCGUAAAGAAUCUCUCCCGGGACGUAACCGAGAGCCAGCUCGUGGGGUUCUUUAACGGUCACGGGGGGACUGUGAGCGCACGAAUCGUGAAGGACAAAACCACUGGUCGCUCACGAGGGAUAGCAUACGUUGAUUUUACCGAAGAGGCCGCGCUAAAUGCAGCCAUCAUGCGCUCAGGCGAGGAGUUGGAAGGCAGAGCGUUGGAUAUCGCGAAGAGCCGUCCUCCUGGUGAAGGAGCUCGUGGUGGGCGCGGCGGGCGCGGUGAUGGAGGAAGGCAUGGGCGCGGUGGACGCGUACCCUCCACUGGUCCCGGUCGAGGUCGCGGUGGCCUCGGUCUCAUGCCACGAACCGUUCGCGCCGAGAGCGGUGACGCACCGAAGACGAAUGCUGAUUUCCGUGCGAUGUUCACGAAAGCCUCCGAAUAG